UAUAAAAGUAGGAUAUAUAAUUCUACUUAACUAACAUGUCUUCACCAUUAGCAUAUGCACCCACAUCCACUACCAGCUACACUACCAGUAAAAAUCAUGAACAGUAUCAUCAAGAAAUCACAAAAUCAACUCUUAUCAAGACAUCUCUCCAUAAAAACAUCUAUGAAUCAUUAGCAGAAAUAUAUCUGAUCAUUCCUACACUUGAAUUAUUAGAGAAUUCAUUUUUAAAAGAUUUUAUAACCGAUAAAGAAAUAUAUACAAACAUUUCUUAUCGAUUGAUCAAUCAAUUCCAAAUUAUACUAAAGUCUUUUAAGGAUAAUACUGAGAAAUUUAAUCUUCUUCAAACUAUAUUAGGAGGUGUACUUGAUUCUGAAUUGACUAACUUUUUGAAGUUAUUUUCCAAUAAGUUUGAUUUACAUGAUUAUUCCAAAGCUAUAAAUCGAUUAGUAGUAGGAGUUCCUGCUACAAUUGAACAUUUAAGUACUCAAGUAGAAAGUUCUAGUCAUCAUACUCCACCACCUGUAAUUGUGGCUAGUGGAAGUAAUAAUGAUACUAAUGAUAAUGCACCUGCUUCAACUUCAAGUGCAAGAUUAAUUGCUCAAAUAACGGGUAAUUUCAUUACAUGUAUGGAUGCAGUUAAAUUAAAUUAUUUAACUAAAGAGAAAUUACAUCCAGUAUUAAGUAAUCUAGUAGUUGGUAUUAAUGAUUUGGUUGAAAAUGAUAAUCAUAAAGAAUUGGAGUUUAAUGGGAAAUCCAAGCUUGUUAGUUGGUUAAUCAAAUUGAAUAACUUGGGAGAAAUUGAAGAAUUAAAUCAAACUGAUGCAGAACAAUUUUUAAAUGAUUUGGAUGUAGCUUAUAAGGGAUUCUACUCUAGUUUAGAAUAGUUAUAUAUAUCUAAUAUUAAGAUUAAUUUACGAGUCUAUAUCAUAUAUAUCAUUAAACAAUAGAUUCAAUUUGUUCUGAAUAACCUAAUACAUUCUUAAUGACGGCAUGUUCUUGAGAUUCUUCUUCACCUUCUAAAUCAAUAUCACCAUCAGAUUUAUCAAAGUAUAUAUUACCGUUUUCAAGUCUCCAGUUGUUUAUACCAAAUUCUUCAAAC